AUGUCCGGAAGCACUGCAGAUGUACGGUUCGGACUGGCAGGGCGCCGCUGCCUCGUCACGGGGGGGUCAAAAGGCAUCGGGAGAGCCAUCGUCGAAGAGCUGGCAAAGCUGGGCGCAAAGAUCUGGACCUGCUCUCGUUCAGGAAGCGACAUGGAGAGUUGUCUAUCUGAAUGGCGCCAUGCUGGACUCGAUGUUCAGGGCUGUGUCACCGAUGUUUCAAAACCGGAAGACCUCAAAGUACUGGUAGAAAAGGUCAACAAUGCCUUUGAUGGGAAGCUGGAUAUCCUUGUUAACAACGUUGGGACAAAUAUUCGCAAGAAGACGCUGGACUUCACCGAAGAGGACUUCCGUUCUCUGAUGUCCACCAACUUGGAAUCUGCAUUCUCGUUGUGCCAGGCCUGCCAUCCAUUGUUGAAAGCGGCACGUCGCAGCACUAUUGUUUUCAACUCGUCCGUUGCUGGGGGUCCUAAGGCGAUGAACAGUGGAGCUUUGUAUGCGAUGACCAAAGCAGCCAUGAACCAACUGACGAAGAAUUUGGCGUGCGAAUGGGCAACAGAUGGCAUCAGCGUGAAUGCAGUGGCCCCUUGGUACAUCGAGACUCCUCUGACGGAAAAACUGCUGAAAGACCAAGAGCUCCUUGCGCGUAUUGUUGCGGAAACGCCCAUGGGUAGAGUGGGACAACCUGAAGAGGUUGCAGGGGUGGUGGCGUUCCUUUGUAGUCCAGCUGCAUCGUUCGUGACCGGCCAAGUGAUUCAAGUUGAUGGCGGCUACUCCAUCAAGGGCUAUGGGUAUACUUGA